AGGACGAAGGUGUAACCUGUGAAUAAGAAAGGAUGUGUUCAGGUAGAUGGAUCAUCCCAUCCUGACCUCUUUAUUUCUCAGAAACAUGAAGCUAUCAGUGAUAUUUGGUGCACUUCCUGAUCCCUGUCUCCAGGCGCCAGGGAGCGGCCUUUUAUCCCAGCAGAACAAAAGUCUGGCUGAAGGGAGAGUCGUGACCAAAUGUGAUCUGAAGGACGUGUUUAACAACCUGCCGGAGGGCGCAUGGCCCCAAGGAAACAUAAUGACUGAUGACUUCCUGGCUAAGCUUAUCUGCCACGUGGAGAAGGCGUCAGAAUUUAACACCAGUGCCGUGAACCAGCUGAUUCCCAGGAAGAAGGGCAGCCAUCUGAGAAGAGGUCGGAGGGAUGUGGAUGAAUCAGAGGGUCUGAGAGGAUCGUUCAGCAGCGUGGAUCUUCACCAGCGGAAGAAACGCAGCUCUGAGCAUGACUCCAGCAGUGAGGAGAAACACUCCAGCAGUGAGGAGAAACACUCCAGCAGUGAGGAGAAACACUCCAGCAGUGAGGAGAAACACUCCAGCAGCGAGGAGAAACACUCCAGCAGCGAGGAAGAGGAGGAGGAGCAGUGGACCCUCUACGGUCUCUUCCAGCUCAGCGAUCACCUGAUCUGCAGCGAUGGAGCCACGCCAUCACCUGACCGCAUCUGUAACGUCACCUGCAGCGCCUUGGUGGAUGACGACAUUGAAGAUGACAUCGGCUGCGUGUUGAAUAUCAUCAGCAAAGUCAUUAAUGGUGGUUUCGCGAUGGGGCACAAACCUAAGCUUUUGAGAAUGGUGAAGCUCAUCUUCCAGCCCGAGUGCGACAAUGAGAGCGCAGUACACUACUUUGCCGAAUGCAAAGACCAAUAACUAUCAUGGAGUAAAUAACCUUUUCCUCAAACCAG